CAAUGCACAUAGCAGUGCCAGCAUUUAAAAAGUAAUGGUCAUUUCAGGUGUUGGUUAUCCUGAGAAAAUUUAAUGGCGUUGUAAUGGUGUAUGAGAGCGAAUUUUGAUAUAAUUUUUGGAUCCAGUGUAUCAGUUAUAGCAUUAAAAUAAGCAUAUUUGUAAUGAGACUGGCAUUGUACCUCUGCAGCAAGAAGGGCCCUCCUGGGCAUUUAUGGAGAGGGAAGUCAUUUUCUUUGCAGAAUGGAAAUGUUGCCGUUGUAGGAAGCAAGACCAUAUUUAAAUCAUUCACAAAUUUUGGUAAUACAAAUAUCCGUGGGUACAAUAGCACUUCAGUGCUGCAGCUUCAGAAUUAUUUGAAGACAUUAACAAUUAGUCAGCGUGGGAUUAUGGGUACGAGUACUGAACCACAAGGAAUCCAUGAAAAUGUCUCUGCACUGCAGAUGAGGACCAGACUUCAGAGGCGAAAAAGACCUUCUAUGGAGGAAGAGGAUAGCAAAAAGCUUGGGUAUUGGAAUGUAGCUGCAUAUACAACAGCUGAAGAGUAUGAUUUGGAAAAACUGACUAAAGGACUGUUGCUACAAAAUCUGUAUGUUCCCAAUCCACUGCUGCGGUCUCUUGCAGAUCCGAAUGGAGUAGUUCCAGAUGUUGUGCACGUAGAGGCUAGGUACCAAGUCGGUGUUGAGCCGAGGGAGAUAUAUUUUUUUCGUGAAGGCACAACUGUUUUUUGGAACGUUCCUGAACUGGAGAGCAGCAAUGUCCUGAGCUUCAUACGGCAGUUUGAACAGAACAGUUAUGAUGAACGGCUUGUGCAUGAUGAGAGUGAGGCUAUGCCGUACACUCACUCUACCGGAAAAAGUCACCUUCAGGAUGGUCAUAUUGCGCUUGGAAGUGAUGGCCGAACAGAACUGGACAAAUACACUUUUUCCAAUGCAAUUGCUCUAUCUGUAAAGUUGGGUGUAUGGGAAGCGUCUCUCAACAGAUAUGUAGACAGCAUCGAAUUUGUCACUGAGGAUUUAAAACGGGGUACAAAGAUAAGCAUGUCAAGGGAAGAUGUUCUACGCAAAACAGGUGAACUGUUUGCGUUGCGUCAUCUGAUAAAUCUGAGCUCAGAUUUGCUGGACACUCCAGAUUUCUAUUGGGAUCAUGAGGAACAAGAAGAGCUCUACCAAAAAAUGUGCAGCUACUUCAGCAUAAACAGGCGUACGAGAGUGAUGAAUGAGAAGCUGAAUCAUUGUGUGGAAUUGGUUGAACUGCUGUCAUCACACCUAAGUGAUCGUCAUCACAUCCGCCUUGAGUGGAUGAUCAUAAUACUUAUCAUGGUGGAAGUUGGAUUUGAGAUUAUUCACUAUGCAGGCCGCUACAUGUAGCAAUUACUGUGUGAUCUGCUGAAUUAUUCUAGUAUCAGGAUUCCAUAAUGCAGCAAAGUGUUACUGAGAGCAGAGUAAGCAGAAGAGGUAAAAGUAUAUGACAGUUUUUAUAAUUUAGUUGCAUUCAGAUAUCAUGAUUCUAAUUACAAUAUACAGGCUUCGUAUAAUGUAAAAUUUAAUUUAUUUAUGAUAAUAUUAAAACUGAUAUAAAUUUCAUAUACUGUUAGGUUUUUUAUUUGUAUCCACAAUUUCUUUGUCUGUGUGAAUUUAUGAUUGACAUGCUCUAGUUCAGUGGUAUUCAACCUGGGGUACGCAUACUCCCGGGGGUACGCGAA